UUGUUGCUGACUCCGCGCGUCCUCCCUGCUACUCGGUUUAUACCUCUUUUCACCGUCGUACUCACCAACACUAGUCAAUAUGGGUGGCGGAGACUUGAACAUGAAGAAGUCGUGGCACCCGCUCCUGUUGAAAAACCAGGAGCGGGUGUGGCUCGAGGAGAAGAAAGCGCUCGAAGAGAAGAAGAAGCUUGAUCAGCUGCGCAAGGAGAAGGAGGAGGAACGUCAGCUGCAAGAGCUGCAAAGGCUGCAGGAAGAGCAGACAGGGAAGAAGAGGCAGGAUAAGCUAGAUUGGAUGUAUGCCACCCCGGCGACUGGGAGCGGUCAGAACCAGAAUGAGCUGGAAGACUAUCUUCUGGGCAAGAAGCGGGUCGACAAGAUCCUCACAGCAGACGAGAAUGAAAAGAUUGGUGCUGCACACAAGAACUUCAUUGCUACUCAAUUCGCCAAUUCUGCGCGCGAUACCGCUGCGAAGGUCCGCGAAGAUCCCCUUCUUGCCAUCAAGCAGCAGGAGCAGGCAGCGUACCAGGCCCUCAUGUCCAACCCUCUCCGCCUUCGUGAGCUGCAGGAGCGCACCGGUAUCAAACCAAAAAAGGAGAAGAAAGACAAGAAGGAGAAGAAGCACAAGGACCGCAAGGGCAAGAACAGGGCGGCGCGCUCACCUUCACCAUACGAUGACCGGGAUAGGCAGCGUUCUGCCUCGAGGGAUCGCUAUUCCCGCAAACGUUCGCCUAGCCCCUACUCCCGUCGUUCUCGUUCACCCGCUCCUACGCGUUCACGCUACGAGGACGAUCGCCGCGAUGAUCACUAUUCAAGUCGCCGCGGUCGGAGCCGUGACCGCACCCCAGACCGCGAACGCGAUAGCCGGAGACGGUCUGCCGAGGAAGGGAAGGUCAUGACUUGGCCACGCUCAGACGAGUCAGACGACAACGGAUAUGUGCCCCGUCGUGCGCCCAGCCGUAGCCCCAUUGCACGUCCAGACGAUUACGACAACAGGAAGCGAAGACGGACCUUGAGUCGUAGCCCCCGCCGAUCCGAUCCUGCACCUCCGAAGCGGACUCGUACGAGUCCUCCACCUCCUCGAUCGUCCACGAGGCUCAAUGACGCCUCGGAGGACCGCGCAGCACGGCUUGCCGCCAUGUCUUCUAAUGCCGCCUCACUCACAAACGAGCGCCGUGAGCACCUGACGAAGCUGCUCGAACGGGAGAAGGAGGAGGCUGAGGCCGAAGAACGUGCACGAGCGAAGUCAAAGGGCAUGGGUGGGUUCCUUAGUCACGAACAGAAGAAGGUUUUCGGGGGUGCCGGCGGUCUGGAGGAUCGCAUCAAGCGAGGGCGAGGACAAAUGCGUGUGGAGGCGGAUUAGUCCUUCGCGUCUAGAUAGGAGAGUAUCCGUGGACUUUGUACAGUAUGUUCGUACACGGUGUACGAUGUUAUGCUUUAACUCAC